UAAUGUUGACGCUGAACUGAGCAAAAGGAAAGAAAAUGACAGCAAGGGAAACACGAUCACAAGAAGCGCUGAUGAACAAUCCAGAAGAGUGCGAGGCCAACGACCCGCAACAACAAAAAGAACGAGAACCAGAGAUGGCAGCCUCAUCGGCGGCGAUGGAUGGGCUGGCAGAAGCGGCGCUGCGGUCUGUACUCCAGAGAGUCCACCAGGCUGCCGAACGGACGGGUCGGGAAUCGCAGCGGAUCCGCGUGGUUGCCGUCAGCAAGACGAAACCCGUCUCUAUCCUUCGCCAAGUCUACGACGCUGGUCAUCGCUGUUUCGGAGAAAACUACGUCCAAGAACUCGUUGAAAAAGCCCCUCAGGUUCCGGAUGACAUAGAGUGGCAUUUCAUUGGGAAUUUACAGAGCAAUAAAGUGAAGCCUUUGAUUGCUGGAGUGCCAAACCUUGCGAUGGUGGAGACUGUAGAUGAUGAGAAGAUUGCAAAUCAUCUUAAUCGUGUAGUUGGCAGCUUUGAAAGAAAGCCUUUGAAGGUCUUAGUCCAGGUGAAUACUAGUGGAGAGGAAUCAAAAUCUGGUGUUGAGCCUUCAGGUUGUGUGGAACUUGUGAAACAUGUUAGUUUGAACUGCCUGAACCUUCAGUUUUGUGGAUUGAUGACAAUUGGGAUGCUUGAUUAUACAUCAACCCCAGAGAACUUCAAGACAUUAGCAAAUUGCAGAAGUGAGGUCUGCAAGGCACUUGGAAUACCUGAAGAGCAAUGUGAACUAUCAAUGGGCAUGUCUGGUGACUUUGAGCAAGCUAUUGAGAUGGGCAGUACCAAUGUCAGAAUUGGAUCAACCAUCUUUGGAGCGAGGGAAUAUCCAAAGAAAAAAUGAAACUAGCUUACUAGUUGCAUGACAAGCACGUUCCUUUGAUCAUCAUUGCAUUGUUAUAGAAAGGGUUGUACUCAACUCGAUCCUCAGGAUGUUAUUUUUUACACCGGGUUGAUAUGAUUCAAUCCCGGGCCUGUACGGUGGUUGUAACCAUAUAUUGAAAAUGAGAAAGUACACUGAUCUUGGAAGCCAUGGAACUUGUUUAUUCCAUCCAAAUGAUGCUAAUAAAACUGUAAUCAAUUGAUCUGAAA